CAUGAAUGAAAGUGAGGAAGAGCCCAAGGACUUGAUAACACUGAAAUAUGAGAAGCUCUCUGCAGAUGAAAUCUCAGCCUUGGUGACUUCUCCUUGCUGUGGGGCUGUGACCCUGUUCAUUGGCACAACAAGGAAUAACUUUGAGGGAAGAAAAGUUGUACAAUUGGAAUAUGAAGCAUAUGCACCCAUGGCAGAGGAAGAAAUAAAGAAAAUCUGCAUGGAUAUUAGGCUGAAAUGGCCUUCAGUCAAACACAUAGCAAUGCAUCAUAGACUUGGUGUGGUUCCCAUUAGUGAAGCGAGUGUGAUGGUAGCAGUCUCUUCCCCACACCGAGCAGAGUCCCUCGAAGCUGUACAAUAUGGCAUCAAUACUUUAAAAGCAACAGUCCCUAUAUGGAAAAAGGAGGUCUAUGGAGACGAAUAUUGUUGGAAAGAGAACAAGGAGUGCUUUUGGACCAAGAGAGAAAAAUAAAAUUCUGCCAAUAUGUUCAUUA